CUUAAUGGUUAGUGACGCCUUGUCGUUCUCCUUUAAAAUACAUGGAUGAUAUCGAUACAACGAAUCUGUACAUUUUGAACGCCGCGAAGGGAAAAAGACCGUUUGAAUAGUCGAUGCUGUCGUCUCCUUCCUCUUCGCUCAACCGCUUGCUGUUUUCUCCCAAAAUAGAACACAGCAAAACUAUGAUGCGAAAUCAGAGGCAGAAAGAAUUCCAUUUCUCUUCAGCACGGGAGAAAUCAAAGGCAAGAGAAAAGAAGAAUGACCGUGAUCGACAUCCUCUUCAGAGUCGACGACAUUUGCAAAAAGUACGAAAAGUAUGAUGUCGAUAAACAGCGCGAUGCAAACUCCCAAGGCGAUGAUGCCUUCGCUCGCCUUUAUUCUACCGUUGAAACCGAAGUCGACAAAGCUCUUCUGAAAGCAGAAGCGGCUUUGAGGGAAACAAACAGGGCAGCUGCUGUUGCAAUGAUUGCGGAGGUUCGUCGGACCAAGGCUCGAUUAAAAGAGGAAUAUCCUAAGCUGCAGAAAUUGGCUCGCAAGAAAGUCAAAGGGCUGUCAAAACAAGAACAAGAAGCUCGUGAAGAUCUGGUCCUAGCUCUUUCGGAGAGGAUUGAUGCAAUACCAGAUGUGACCACAACUGCAACUAAUACAACUGGGGGAUGGGAAACUUCAUCAUCUAAAAAAAAUAUUGUGUUUGACUCAUCAGAUGGUAACUUUAGUGGUGCUUUCUUCCAACAAACCGAAGAAUCCACUCAAUUUAGGCAGGAAUAUGAAAUGCGGAAAAUGAAACAGGAUCAAGGUCUUGAUAUUAUUUCAGAGGGUUUGGAUACUUUGAAAGACUUGGCAAAUGAUAUGAGUGAGGAAUUGGAUAGACAAGUUCCAUUAAUUGAUGAAAUUGAUACAAAGGUGGACAAGGCAACAACUGACCUAAAAAAUACUAAUGUGAGGCUCAAGGAAACUCUUCUUCAGGUGAGGUCAUCUCGGAAUGUUUGCAUGGACAUUGUUUUGCUGUGCAUAUUACUGGGGAUUGUCUCCUAUAUUUACAAUGUACUGAACAAUUGAUAUGAAAGUCUUCGUACAACAGCCAUUUUGAUCAAAGUGUUUGACUGGAAUAUAUUCUUUAACUGCUUGAGGGUUCUCAAUAUCACUUCCAACAUCUUCAGUUCAUCUCUAUUGGCUUGGUACGGUUUGCUACUUGGAUUAAGUAUUCAAGGAGAUCUUAUUAGUUCAUUGUUACUCUCACUGCAGUCACCAAAUUCUUAAGCAAAUAGAGAAAGAUCAAGAUGUAAAUGGUACUAUAAUUAUAUUACAACAGUUUCAUCUUCUGAUAUUGCUUUUCAAA